AUGCAGUACGCUUGCUUUCGGGUCGUAUUGGUCUUCUUCUCCCUUGCCACGCUAAUCUUGACCGCGUUUGCAGUGGCGGGCUCCUACAAGAACAAGGGGUACCUCACGGGGACCUAUCUCAUCAAUUUCCACUUGCUGGGUCUAGACUUGAGGCAGAUCAUCAGCGCUCAGAUUGGAUCGAGCAAAAGAGACGUUGUCGUUGUUGGUGGUGGCGGCGAACGCCUUUUCAACCGCGAUGCGGUUGAACCCCAGGUGGAGGUGGAGAUGAUGGCGAAAAGAGAAACGACUACUGCCGCGCCCACUCCUUCAAAUAUCAACGAUUGGAUCAACCUUGCUACGAGUAUCGCCAAUCAGCCCGACUUCACUGCCCAGGUGGCUAGCAUUGCCUCGAACGCAGGCAUCUCGGUCCCCACGAGCUUGCCCACUGAUGGCGACGGGGGCUUUUACACCACGGUUCAAGCCGCAAUAGCCGACUUGUUGAACAACGUCACCCCGGAGCAAUUGGGUAUUGCCGACGUCUACUCGGCCAGCUAUUGGGGCUACUGUCGAGGCGAGAAAGUCUCCAACGGAACGGCGGCUCCCGAUAAUUCGUUUGGAAGGUUUCUUGAUGAAAAUUUCGAUAACUCAAACGUCAACUAUACUUGGUGCUCGCCUCCUACUGCUGGAUUUUUCUUUGAUCCAAUCACAAUUUUCAAACAAGAGAUGAAUCGCACUAUCGAUGGUAUUUCCGUUGAUUCGCAGUCGACUUUGGUCAAUGAGUUGAGUACCCAGUACAAGAAUGAAUUGCGAGUGCUUAUAGAUAGCAUCACGCCUGAGGAUUUGAAUCUCCCGGGAAGCUUGCAAGAUGAUUUGCAGUUGUUGAACCGAUUGACGGUGGCUAGUUUUGCACUCAUGAUUUGCGCGGCUGCGCUAGCCUUCAUCUCGAUUGUGAUCCAAUUCAUGGGAUGCUGCUUGUCUCCAGACAACUGUUGCUUGUCAUUCUUGAAUUUCAUGUUUCAAUUUUUACUUUUCCUACUUUCAAUCCUUGCUGCGGGCUUGGUCACGGGAACAUACGUGUUUGUGAGGAGGAAAAUCAAUGACGAAGUUGGAGAGUGGGGUAUCAAAUCCUUCUUGUCGAUCAAUUUUUACGCCUUUGCCUGGAGUGCCGCUGCCUCCGCUUUGCUUUUGGUUCUCUUUAGUCUAUUGGGACACUGUUUUGGAAUCUGCGGACGCAGAAGCUACCGCAAAGUUCAAACCAACGCUGCCUAUGUUCACCAUGAGAAAUGA